AUGAUGCUGAAUGUGUUCCUGAAUCUGGCCCCCGGUGACCUCGCGAAGUGCACAGAUCUUGCGCAGUUGCAGUCGGAGUUGAAACUGGCGCGCCGUCGGAGGCGCCGCGAGCUUCCCCAAGGCACGGCGCGGGUACCUGUCGAUGGCCAGGGGGCUUCCGGGCAGACGCGGUGGGAGUUCCUUGAGCGCGAGCCGCACGACUGGAAACCUGUCGAGCUGGAGGCUUCCAAGGCGAUUGAGAGGGCACAUGGCGCAGGGCGCCCCCACUGCAAGGUGUCUAUCCACCAGUAUACGUACCUGAUCGACUUCAAAACCCUCACGCAGCGGAACCUGCGCACGGGAAAGGAGCGGCACUUGCGGAGGCGCUCUGCCCCCACGAUCGCGCAACUGCAGUGGGAGCUGCUGGACGAGCGCCUGCAAUCUGAUCAAGCCAGGGAAGAGCUCGAGGCAUGCCAGAAGCGCCUUGCCGAAAUGGAGGCGGAGCUUGCGAAGGAGCGCCGCGCACGUCAAGAGAAGGAGGGGGAGCUGGCUGAGGCAGAGAAGUCCCACAAACGGCAAAAGCUGGAAGCAGAUGCCUAUUCUCGGAGACUCGAGGUGGAACUGGCGGACGAGCGCCAAGCGCGUAACCAGAAGGAGGAGGAACUCCUUGAGGCCGAGAUGUCCCACAAACGGCACAAGCUGGAGGCAGAUGCCAAUUCUCGGAGACUUCUGUCUCCACUGCCAUCCUACUCCACACUCGCCGGAUCCUUCAGAGACUGCGACCAGGUCGAAUUGCCAAGCGAUGACCCCAAACACAGCGCACUUUGUGGUCUUCUUCGUGGCUCUAUGGCAAGUCACCGAGAGCACUUUGCUUCGCCGAUAUGGUCUGAGGCCCCGGACGUGCAGGUCUCACGUAUCGAGGAAGUGGUCAACCCCGCCAAGCUGCGAGCCUACAAAGCGGCUCGAGGUGGCGAAGUAAUGAAUCGGAACCCAGUGGGAUGCAUUGAGAUUCCAAACAUCGAGGCCUUCAAAUGUGAGGCGGAGCCACGCUGUGUGGACUUGAAUGAGUACUUGCUCUUCCACGCCUGUCCUCUCGACUCUGUGUCAGCGAUUUGCAGGAGAGGUCUUGACCCACAGCGUGGGGGAGAGACCGCCGGCGCAAUGUUUGGCAGAGGAGCUUACUUUGCCCAGAAUGCCUCGAAGUCGGAUUUCUACACCACAUGCAAAGAGUGCUCGGUGGAUGCGAGCUUCAGAGAUUGCAACCAUGCAAUGGGGGAGCGAUGCGUGCUGGUCGUCCGCGUCCUCCUCGGCUCUACCUUCUCCGUAACAGACCAGGACGUGCGCAGCGAGAGCAUCCGAGCUCCUGAGCGUGAAAACAAUGAGCCCUAUGACUCAAUCACAGUCCAAGCAAGGGCAAAUCGCGGGAAGCUAGACCACAUGGAGUUCGUCACUUUCGACAAGCAGCUGAGUUUAGUGCAGUACGUGAUCUGGUACCGCCACACCCAAUCUUGCCGCUGUCACAACUGCAAGCGUCGCAGGCGUUGA